AUAUGUCAAGUGUUGUGUAGGACACUGUGGAUUCUGACAUUCUCCAGCUACAGUAGAUGCUGUACACAUCCAGGCAUCGAAGGUCCACUGGCUUGAAAUAGCAACAGCUAUUUUUCGUGGCCCUCCUGUCUUCUGAGACCGAAAAUAGAAAAUUUUGUUACUGCGCGUUCCUCCACUCCGGCUCCUUUUCCCCCCCUCCAAGGCCCAGGCCCACACAGCGCUGGCUGAUUUGAUUCAGUUAAACAGGAAUAUUGAGCAGGUAUCCGGUGACAUUCAGAAUGCCGCCGCUGAUUCGUACAAUGGCACUCGCCGCGGUACAAGUCGGUGUAAUUACAGCGGCUGUUUCGCGAGGAGCCUUUCCAGAUAAACUCUGUGGCGUUUCUGAAAUGUGAACAUGGCCAGUAAUGGACUUGUCAUGAGUGAAGUGUGACGCUUGGCCUGACAAGAGCACUACAGUAGGGUGCAUGUCAUGUCCUGCCACGUCAGGACAUUGUCACCCCCCCACCCCACCCCCACCGCAGCCCUCGUUGAUAGUCGCUGACAGCCACCAUGUUCCACCGAGUGUUGACACAGUGAGUGCGGCCGACACUUAUCUCCGCUCGCCUUUGUCCUGUCCCGCUCCGGAGUGUCACGGCCGGUUCCGGGGGCGCUCAACGUCGGGCCCGUGACGGUCCUGUUCCUCCCGGUGGGUCUCAGCGUGACAGAGAUGAGUGGCGUCUCCCAAUAAGCCGCGAUGCAUCUCCUGUGGAAGGUUGUGCUCCUCAGGUCAACCUGCUAAAUGCCACACUGUGCAUCUUCUGGUGGGACUAUUCCCAGCAGCUCUUUAGCCAGAGUGAGUGAAAAUUGCUUAUUUACUUCUAAAUCUUCACUUUAUUUUCCCCCCUCUCUAAUACAAUUAUUUGCCGUUGCAGAAUAUGUAACAGCAGUGUAUGAGUGUAUGUCGCUGUAUAGUAAAUGCUGCAUGAUCUCACUUGUCUGGGUGAGAGAGCUGUGCGAGAAAAUGAUGUGUUAGUGUGCAUAAAUUGUUUCUGUUCAGCUCACUCUUCACUGCACAUCAGCUUUCAUCUACAUUUUUAUCAUGCGCAGUUUCUGUUCAUCUCCGAAACAUCAAAACACGAGUUUAUUUGUCUUUUUUUGUUCUCCCCACUCACUGUGCAUGGAGUUCGAUUGCAAAUAUACUGUGUGUGUGCAUUAAUAAACAUAUUUCUGUUUCUCUCCCAGCACAGAGCGCUGUGCUACAUUUUGAUGCUGUGUGUAUGUAACAAUGUGCUCGCCUCAGAGAAGCAGUGAAUCACAAAGCAGCUUUUCGAGGUCGCCACUUAGUCACCUGUUUCACCAGAUUAGGCCGCCGUCCACGGCAACCAAUGAGCUUUGAGCUGAUUGGUUAAGAGGAGCUGCCUACCUCAUUACCUUCAAGUGAGGCCGUCGUGCAGCCCAGAUGUGGAUGCAUCCAGAGUGGAUUACGGCUUUUUUUUGUCGCUGCGAAUUCCAGUCGAGAUCUUUUACAUGUCUAUUAUUUUCACAUCAGUGUCAGUGAGAGCAGUGUUUCGCAUCUAUGUGGCACCUCCCACAUCAGAUGAAGUCAAUAAAUAGAUUAGAACAAGUGCAGCUUCAGUGUCUUAUAUCGCUUCCCAAAAGGAUUUAACAGUUGUCAUGGAGACAUGAUGUGAAUCAACAAAAGAGGUGACUGAUAACAUUGACAUGACUAAUCUCUUUUUCUUAUUUCUGCCCCCUGUUCCUUCUCCCUCUUUACCAUUCUCUUUGUAUCUGUGGCCCAUUUGUUUGAAUAGCUUGUGUAGGAUCUCGUUUGGCGGUUGUUUCUCCCUCUCUCUCUCUCUCCCCCCCUCCCUCCCUCCCUCCCUCUCUCACUGUACCUUUCAUGCUUCCUCGCCCCAUGCAUCCCCUCCUUCUCUCGUCUACGAUGCGUGUGUGCAACAGAGAGGUGUCAGCUGCGAAUCACAUUUCACUGUGUAGCCUUCUCAGAUACCAGCCGGAUAGAGAAAAGCCGUAAAUAAGAGCACGCCGUGUGCAGCUUAUUAAUUGCUUUUAAAUGUAACGGGGCCAUGACUAACCAGAGGAAUUACAGCUUACAGAGAAGCGAACUGUGGAUGGAGGCAGAGCGGUGCUGUAGGGCUGCGGGAGAGGCAUACUUCCACCAAAUGCAAUUAAGCGUUGAGCAUCCUAAUGCGGUGGGCACGGACGCGAGCGGCGCCUUCAGAUGGAUGCAGAUCGGGCUGUGCAGGAUGCGGUCUGCGAUUAGCUGUUCUUCAGGAUUUUAAAUUUUGGCUCUCAGUCACCAUAGCAACCAGAACACAAUGCCACCCUUUUGAAUUUGAGCCCAUUCUUUUUUCCUUGUUUCUUUUUAUGUCUUGUUUUUUUUUUAUGUAUUUUGUUCCUGUCUUUCUGUUUCAUUAUUUCCCUUUCUUUCUGCCUCGCCUCCUUCCUUUCUUCCGGCCUCCGUCUUUGUGUCGCUCCCCUUUUUUGUCGCUUUCCUCCUCACUCUUUGCCCUCCCACCCUCUCUUAUUCUCACCACUCUCAGGGCUUAGCGGGGGGAAGAAGAAGAAGAAGAGGAGAAAAAAAAAAAAAAAAAAAAAGGAGAGGCAGGGAGUUGGACCGAGAUGGAGGGAAGGCGGGAGAGAGGCAGGGAGAGACAGGGGAGAGUCUGUGAGUGAAAGUGAUACAAAGCGAGGGAGGGGAAGGCGAGAAGCUACAGAGAACGCGGGGGGAGCAGGAGUGAAAAUGAGAGAGAGUUUCUUGUCCUGUCUCCCAGCUCGCGCUCGCCAGUCAGUAAUUCAGUCUAUUCCUCAGACAGAGGCUUUUUUCUUCCCUCUACCUCUGGAUGGGCUUUAUCUGGCUGGAGUGUCGCUCCAGCUGGGUAUUAAGCCCUAGUUUGGGAAUAAAAUAAACAUUUCCACCAAAACCGCAGCGCAAAUUUAACUGCCCGCGAUGCCAAGAAGAACUAUGCAAAUAAAUUGCCGCGCAGAGAUAGGCCCGUGUAAAAAAGACGCACGUGGCGGCGUUGUGUAAUUAGCUGGUGCGUUUUCCCUAUCACUGUCAGGCCAGAUUAGCCUCCUCCCUGGUUAGGAGAUGUGUCAGAGUACCUCUCUCUUUAUUCUCCCUAAUGGCUUCCCGCGUGUCUAUAUUGGGAACUGGGUCUGCUUCCUGCAAGGCGACACAUAACCAAACAGAACCAUCACGGUUUUAUGGGAGCGAGCGACAAGUUCGGAAACUCUAGACUUUCUUCCCUAAAGAGCAGAUGUGAUAGAUUACGAUUACAGAACCGAACCCCUGCAGCUGGUAUCUGGGAGGUGAUCGUCAGUUUGUCUACAUACGAGACACCGGUGCCAAGCCCGUGAUGGUCUACAUCCACGGAGGGUCCUACAUGGAGGGGACGGGCAACAUGAUCGAUGGGAGCGUCCUGGCCAGCUACGGGAAUGUCAUCGUAAUCACUCUCAACUACCGCGUGGGCGUCCUGGGCUUCCUCAGCACCGGCGACCAGGCAGCCAAGGGCAACUACGGACUCCUGGACCAGAUCCAGGCCCUGAGGUGGAUCAGCGAGAACAUCGGCUUCUUCGGAGGAGACUCCAACCGCAUCACUGUGUUCGGUUCUGGGAUCGGAGCCUCCUGCGUCAGCCUGCUGACUCUGUCCCACCACUCCGAAGGGCUGUUCCACAGAGCCAUCAUUCAGAGCGGGUCGGCGCUGUCCAGCUGGGCCGUGAACUACCAGCCCGUCAAGUACACGCGUGUCCUGGCGGAGAAGGUGGGCUGCAACGUCCUGGACACGUCGGACAUGGUGGACUGCCUGAGGAAGAAGAGCUCCAGGGAGCUGGUGGAGCAGGACAUCCAACCAGCCAGGUACCACGUGGCCUUUGGACCUGUAAUCGAUGGUGAUGUAAUCCCCGACGACCCCGAGAUCUUAAUGGAGCAGGGCGAGUUCCUCAACUACGACAUCAUGCUGGGGGUCAACCAGGGCGAGGGGCUGCGGUUUGUGGAGAACGUGGUGGAUUCCGAGGACGGCGUGUCGGGAAACGACUUUGACUUCUCCGUGUCUGACUUUGUGGACAGUCUGUACGGCUACCCGGAGGGCAAGGACACGCUGCGGGAGACCAUCAAGUUCAUGUACACGGACUGGGCUGACAGGGACAACCCGGAGACCCGGCGCAAGACGCUGGUGGCCCUGUUCACCGAUCACCAGUGGGUGGAGCCUUCGGUGGUGACGGCCGACCUGCACGCCCGCUACGGCUCGCCCACGUACUUCUACGCCUUCUACCACCACUGCCAGAGCCUGAUGAAGCCCGCCUGGUCGGACGCCGCCCACGGGGACGAGGUGCCCUAUGUGUUUGGGAUUCCCAUGAUCGGCCCCACUGACCUUUUCCCCUGUAACUUCUCAAAGAACGAUGUCAUGCUCAGCGCCGUGGUGAUGACCUACUGGACCAACUUUGCCAAGACUGGGGACCCGAACAAGCCAGUCCCCCAAGACACCAAGUUCAUCCACACCAAGGCCAACCGCUUCGAAGAGGUGGCCUGGUCCAAGUACAACCCCCAGGACCAGCUGUACCUGCACAUCGGCCUCAAGCCACGCGUGCGCGACCACUACCGCGCCACCAAGGUGGCCUUCUGGAAGCACCUGGUGCCCCACCUGUACAACCUCCACGACAUGUUCCACUACACCUCCACCACCACCAAAGUGCCCCCGCCGGAGACCACCCAGAACGCCCGGUCCACCAAGGGGCCCAACGGGAAGACCUGGCCGUUCAACACCAAGCGGCCGCCCAUGUCCCCGGCCUACAACAGCGAGGACAAGGACUCCUGGGGGGAGGAGGAGGAGACGGGGCCCCUGGUGGUGGAGAACCCGCGGGACUACUCCACCGAGCUCAGCGUCACCAUCGCCGUGGGCGCCUCGCUGCUCUUCCUCAACGUGCUGGCCUUCGCCGCCCUGUACUACCGCAAGGACAAGCGGCGGCAGGACUCGGGCCACGGGCCGCCCAGCCCCCAGCGCCAGACCACCCCCAACGACAUUGGCCACCACGCGCCCGAGGAGGAGAUCAUGUCGCUGCAGAUGAAUCAGACGCACCACGAGUGCGAGGCGGGGAACAGCAGCGAGGGCGCGCUGCGCCUGGCCUCGCUGCCCGACUACACGCUCACGCUGAGGCGCUCGCCCGACGACAUCCCCCUCAUGACCCCCAACACCAUCACCAUGAUCCCCAACUCCCUGGUGGGCAUGCCCAACCUGCACCCCUACAACACUUUCACCACCGGCUUCAACUCCACUGGGCUGCCGCACUCCCACUCAACCACCCGCGUAUAGCUUUAAGAAGGCCAGGGGCAGCUGGAGCGGGCGGGGGGAGGGGGGAGCGGGAGGAUGAACGAACGGAGGAGUGGAUUGUGUUUUAUAAAUAUCACAGGGGGGGGGCAGGAGGGGAAGGGCAGGAGUCGGAUUAAAACGUGAAGAGAUUUAACUAGACUUUUACUACGAGGAGAGUUGCUGAGAGCUCUCUCCGGAUGUCAAGUUGUGCAGAGCUGCCAAAAUCAAACUGCUUCCCUUCUCCUGAUCAGAGGAGGGGGGGUUUUCUGCAGUGUUCUUUUCUAAAGUAAUCAUUUUAAAAGCCUUUUUAAGCAGACUGAGGAGAUAUCAACACUUUUUUUCUUGAAUUCAUAACAAAAACAAAGAAAAGUGCUUUUUAUUUCCCAUCCCUUCCUCCUGUGGGAGACACAUCUAAAACAAUGGCCUCUACGUCGGUAUUCGCGAAAUGUUUUUAAUUGCUUCUUUGUUUGGUUUUACGUUUCAAUGCCUUACGAAGCUCGUUCUUUUCUGUCGUUAUUUCUAUUCCCUGAGACUAUUCCAAGUGGAGCGUGUUACAAGCAGAUGAGACUCAAAGAUGAGAGACUGAAUCCAGGAUGGGAAUAAAGAGGAUAUGCAGAUGUAGAGAUUUUAAAACCCAUUUUUGGGCAACUAAUAUUUUUUUUUCUUUUCUGUUGCUUCUCAACACAACAGCCACACAAAUUGUGUUCUCUCGCUCUCUUUUUUUUAGCUCAUAUAGAAAUGAUUUGCGUGGGACAGCUCUUGCCAGAGGAUGCGACGGCAGAGAUAAAUACUAUGUUACUGUGAUUGUUUUGUUAAGAAAAAAAGUGCAUCUUUUACAGCCAGUUUAUCUGUUAAGCUAUCUGAUAUUAUCCCCACAGAGUGUGCACGUGCACAUGCUGCUUAGAGCACCUUUGUGGUUGUGUGCAUGGGAAAAUGAGUUCUCCUUCCGUUUUGCGUGCGCGCGGCGAAGAUGAAGGAGGAGACGCGUUGUCGGAACUUGAGAGCGACUCUGUGUGUGUGUGUGUGUGUGUGUGUGUGUGUGUGUGUGUGUGUGUGUGUGUGUGUGUGUGUGUGUGUGUGUGUGUGUGUGUGUGUGUGUGAGAGAGAGAGAGAGAGAGAGAAAGAGAGAGAGAGAGAGUCAGAGAGGGGAAGGUAGAGAAAGCAUGUGUGUGUGUGUCCGUGCACCUGGUUUUUUUUUUGGUUUUUUUGUUUUUUUAUUUUAGUAGGUUGUAUAAUGUGGUUUUUCUGGGGGGGGCCGGGACUUUCUCAUGUCGUUGAUUUCGGGUUCACCACCACUAGUGUUUCUGCUGCGUCUCUCUGCGUGUCUGUCUUUGCGAAAUAGCACUCAUGUUAUUUUCAAAGUUAUAUAUGUCUAAUUUUUUGCUUAAAGAUUACGAGAUAAAUCUAUUAUUUUACGUGUACAAGAAAAAAAAAUAGAUAAACAUUCAGACGAACUAACUGACAUGGUGACGUUGACAGCAGACAGUGGCCUGUUUGCACUGAAUAAACCUACAUCAGUGCACACUUGUAUUUCUUUGAAUAUAUAUAUAAAUAUGGGCAUACAUACAUAUAUGUAUAGGGCUUCUAUGAAGAUAUCCCUUCCACUUACAAAACAAUAAAAACACAGUUCAGACUGAAAAGCACCAACAUAAAUAAGUUCAAUGUAUUGCUGUUGUCAUUUGAAACAUCUUGGUGUCUUUGUAAGAGCUCUAUAUGUAUAUUUAUGUAUAAAAUAUUUAAUAUUUAUUUAUGUAUACCAGAUGCAUACAUGCUGAUUGUGCCAUGUGCCAAAUUAAAACUGUAAAAAAUGAAGAAUAUAAAGUUUCACUAAACUUUCUUUUCUCUCUUGAUCAAAGUUCUUUUCUUCUUAUUCUUUCCAUUUUGAAUCAGUUAACACAGGACUAUUCUUGCAGCAACUGCAAGUCUCCCCCCAGGACUUCCUCUCUACCUCCCCUCUUUCUCUCGUCUCUCCACCCUUUCCUCCUUCUCUGUUACCGAAACCUUUGAGAAAAACAGGCUAACAGCUUGGGGCCUAUCUGUGUGCAUAACUCCGCAUCUUACUGUAAUUCAUGCAAAGUAGAGCUGCAGCAAUGGGAGAUUGUGGAAAGAUUGCCUUGAUGUGCUCACAUUGCAUCCCAUUAUAUGUUGUUCUCGGGGAGAAAGCGGGAGUUAUUGAUUCUGUGAGUAAAACUGACAAUUUUCAUCAAGUGUCGUGGCGUAGCGCAAAUUGUGUCCCACGUUACAGCCAAGUUCAGUAAUGUGACAGAACCGGAGGUUCUAGAUCAGCGCUUCGUGCACGCAUGCUAGGACGUCCACGUUUUUAUGAAGUAUUCCAUUACUGCCUCCACUGGUAUUUAAUGAUUAGAGAUGUAGCAGAGCGAGAAGCACAGUCUGGUCAGCUCAUCACCAAUCCUGCCAGUGGCAGAAUGAGAGAAGGGGUUAUUUAAGGGAAAUUGCUUGGAGACUGAUCUAUAUGAGUCAUCUUAUUUUUGUAUCCUGUCUUAUAUGAGUCUCACCUCCUAAUAAGCCUCCGACUCUAACUGAGCUGCAGCCAGUGAAGGAAAACGCAUCGGGCUUCUAUGGGGCUGCCUCAUACAUGCAGAAACGUUAAUAUGGCCUCUGUGCUCGUGCUUCUCUGAGGUGUGGACUGUGCAAACCCUCACGAAUGUGUCACCAGCAAUAAUAUCAGCAGCAGAUCGAGGUGUGCGUCGCAUUUUGAUGAGCAGUCUUUUAAAUCUCUUGUUUCAUUGGGACGCGGCCUCAAAACGCUGAUCUGUCCAAAUAAUGUUAGGACACAUUUUUGCCUCACCGACCGUGGCGUAAUAACCAUGAAGUAAGUUUGGGCUUUUAUUUUACAAGUUUUUUUUUUUCUUUUGCCAAUAACAUAGAAGUGAAUCCAAUUUGACUUGCUGUGGUAACGGCACUGAAAUGUGACAUUAGAAAAUGUCAUAUCAAAUUCCAUGAAAGAAAAAUGCUGUUAUUUCCAACAAUCCACAGAGCACAUUCAGCUCGACCGUAUAGCUUUGUGUAGUCUUGGUGGAAUUUUGUUUUGAGAAAAACAUUGUAGUUUGUGAAUUCCUUAAAUUUGCCACAAUCACUUUUUAUAUAAUAAAAAAAAUCUGUUGACUGAAGUGAUGUGGAAGGAGACCGUGUGAUUCAGUGCUGCAGACUUUUAGGGCGUCGUUUCUAUACUUUAAUGCUUCAGUUCACGUUUACUGGUCUCAUUAGAUACAUAUUUUUAGCAGAAAUUAAAUAAAAGCCACUUCAUACUACCUGUUUAACAUCAGAUUAUGGAGAAUGUACUGGAGCAAAGAGAAGCCAGCAUUGGACAAAAAUACAUAACUUUUGUUGUUUUGUUUGUUUGCUUCUUUGUUUUUUUUUCCUGCUUGUCUGUAAUUUGGGUGAACUGACCCUUUAAGACAGGAUGUCAACUAAUCAAAGUGUCCUCAUCUGAUCCAUGUGCGGCGGUGGGAGGUCAGUUUCCACUGGUGCGUGCACACACACACACACACACACACACACACACACACACACACACACACACACACACACACACACACACAGUGGAACAGGCUAAAAUAGAGUGGCGUAGCUGAGAGCAAACUAUCAAAGGGAAGAAAUGUCAUGGGAGGGCAACUUGUUUCUUUGCCAUGUAAUUUUCCCAUAUGCUGUUAAAGCAGAGCAGAUGUCACUGAGUAUUGGCAGGGGCAGACCUGGUGGCCUUGGGGACAGGCUUUGGGAUACAUGGCCCUGUGAAAAGUCACAUAAUUAAGUGCCGGAGCAAAGGGAAAGACCAGGGAAGCUGCAGUGGAUGUGCAGAGAAAGAAAACGGGGUCACAGUUUCUCCGCAAUCAGACACCUAAAGGCUCGAUUAAAUUAGUCCAGACUUCAGUGGGAGAGAAUCGCCGGCGCCAUCAGAAAAAAAAAUAGGACAGUUCUGAGCGAGACACUUUUGCACUGUCGAGAUUUGUUUGCAGUUCAAAGAGUGUGUUUUGAAAGUGACAUCAUUGGUGGAUUGGCUGGAAUACCCCAGUGGGGUUUGUGACUGCCUCGACAGCACUGAAGACAAAUCCAGCCUAGGAAAUGGAUGUGCCAAAUUACACAGUGCCACCCGCUGGGAGAGAGCUGCAGGUGUGUGUGUGUGUGUGUGUGUGUGUGUGUGUGUGUGUGUGUGUGUGUGUGUGUGUGUGUGUGUGUGUGUGUGUGUGUGUGUGUGUGUGUGUGUGUGUGUGUGUUUGAUUUGAUUUUUGCCGCGGUGAACAUGUUCUUACCCACGUCUCCUCUCGCCCUCGUUUCUCCCGUCCUGCGUCUCGUUUGUCUUUACUCCUCUUCCUCCUCUUCUUUUUAUCCUCCCUCACACAAAAAUGCAAUCGAAGCGGCUCUACCUCUGUCUGACGCAGACAUGACUUGCAUUUCCUCCUUAUCCCACACGCCAUGUGCCAUAAUCUGUAAUAUUCACUCAUUUCCUUGAGUUAGGCUGCCGUCUACAAAGCUAAUGAACUUCACUAAUUGGGAAGCGGAGUGGAACCACUUGCUGAGCCAAAACUCUACUUUGUAUUCAAAUAGCCUGUUUUUCUCCAAAGGGAAAUCAUUGUACAUUUUGUCAAAACAUCGAUAAUCUAUUAUUUCCAUGUGAACAACAUGCUCUUACAAUUUUCUUUUGUAUCCAUGGAGCAUUAGACAAAUCAUUGGCAUAUUUUUCAGGUUUUCCAAUGAGGAGCAUCAAGCAAUGGAGCUUUUGUUGGUGUCAUCAAACCCAGAUACUGUAACACAUCUUUCACUAGAAACUAGAAGGGAAAUAUAAAAAAAACGACGUAUGGUGUUUGAGCCCAAAAUACAUCAAAUCUCUGUUAUCUCAGUGUCAUUGUACAGAUUCCUGAAAAUGCCCUGUUACUUUACUGUUUAUGUCCAUAGAAUGUAUUUAUAAUCGCGCAAACUGGAGUAAUCAAAAUAAAAUAUCUAUUCUUUCUGUA